AUGGUGAAAGAGCGUCGCUCAUAUUCGGAAAGUCACGAGCCACAUCGUGAACCGCAAAAUGUUCAAGGGCGUCGAGUUUCGGAAUCGCAUCCAGGUGAGGGUCAUCACCCGCACGGGAUCGCUCAUGUGAUUUCAUCGGUUCGUCACGGAAUCGCCUCUGGAGCACGCUCGUUCGAUCAUUACUGUAAAGAUACGGUCUCGGUGACCGAGCGCCAACAUAUCGGACUUCCC